AGUCCCUGAGACUGGAGCUCGCUCGUUGGUGCGCCCCACCCAAUUGUCGUGCUUACUGAUGGUGGCACCAAGAGCUCACGGUAAACACCCCUCGUGACGGAGUCAUGAAGAUACUGGAACAGACUGGGAGCGAAGGAGACAUGAUGGGAGGAGUGUGAAAUUCUGGAAAUAGUACAGACUUGCGACGAUGUGACGCUUAAAACCAUAAGCUAGUGUGUGCGAGACUAAUUAUUUAUCAAAAAGCCCAUCGCCUGUUUCCUCGGUUCCGUGGAGGAACGGACAGAUGCCCGCGGAAGAUGCUGCGCUUCUGAAGACAGAGUGUGGGAAAGAAUGGGUGCAGGGAUGCUGACAAUACAAAUCCAUGGCUGCACGUGAAGAACUAGCUUUCCCUGAGAGUGCAUGAAAAAUAUUCCACCUGACCAUCUGAUAUAAAGCGGAGAACCGACGUUGCGAUGGUGACCGACAUGUUCUGAGCUGAGGGAACAGCGGCGAGAUGAAGGCGGCGGUGAGACCUAAGCGCAUGCGGCUUUUCUGGCGACUCGGUGUCUGUGGAGUCGGGAUGAUCACCGCCACCUGGCUCAUGCAGCUCCUAGACGUAACAGACUCUCCAAGCCCCAGUGAUGUUGUUGGUGACUUCCCGUGGUAUAAGAGAGAACUAAUGCAGGAGAGAGAAGAUGAGAACCACACCUCGUACACUCCUACAACGCCCAGAGCUGCAAUCCACGAGUUUCCAGCAGAUAUUUUCUCUCCAGAGCAGAGGAGAAAAGGAGCAGUUCUUCUCCAUGCAGUCUGUGCGAUCUACAUGUUCUAUGCCCUGGCUAUAGUCUGUGAUGUCUAUUUUGUUCCAUCACUGGAGAAGAUAUCAGAGAAUCUUCAACUCAGUGAGGAUGUUGCCGGGGCAACAUUCAUGGCGGCUGGGAGCUCCGCCCCUGAGCUCUUCACCUCCUUAAUUGGUGUCUUCAUCACGAAAGGUGACCUGGGGGUAGGCACCAUUGUGGGAUCGGCUGUCUUCAACAUCCUCGUCAUCAUCGGCAUUUGUGGGAUCUUUGCCGGACAGCCUAUCUCGCUGAGCUGGUGGCCGCUGCUUCGGGAUUCUCUCUACUACAUCCUGUCUAUAUUGAUGCUGAUUGUGGUGAUCUAUGAUGACAAAGUGAUUUGGUGGGAGACCAUCAUACUGAUCUCCAUGUAUCUAGUCUACAUUAUCAUCAUGAAGUUCAACAGACCCCUGUCAGGCUGGGUGGAGAGGCACUGUGGUCGAGGGGGCCAGCCCUGCUUCAGUACCUUGAGACGGACCACCGCAGUGGGGCAUGGGGGAGUCGACUGUGACACAGACAUGGUGCUGCUGAAGAGAGAUUCGUGUACAGGGCAGGAGACUGCAGUAGUGAUGGUGGAUGAGUUGAUGAGUCUGCACCCUCACCAGCUGAGCUUCUCUGAGGCAAGCCUCCAUCUCCUGAUCACCCCACAUUUCCCCCCCUACACACGCCUCCGCAUGGCAGGACGCAUGGUCAUCAAUGAGAGACAGAGUGAAAGGCAGCCACUGGAGGGGGACGGAGACAGGGAUGGGGGGACGGAGGGGAACACAGAGGGGUUACAGCCCGAAGAGGAGGAGCUAGAGGAAGAAGAGGAGGUCUCCUUCAGUCCCUUCAUAGUGCCAGGAGGGCACUGUGAGCGUGUGCGCUGGCUGGUGUCAUGGCCUCUGUGCCUGCUGCUCUGCUGCACUGUACCCAACUGUGUCCUGCCUCGCUGGAGCCGCUGGUACCUCCUGACCUUCCUGGCCUCCACACUCUGGAUCGCAGUCUUCUCCUACCUCAUGGUCUGGAUGGUGACCAUUAUCAGUUACACGCUGGGCAUCCCUGAGGUGGUGAUGGGCAUCACCUUCCUGGCAGCUGGCACCAGCGUACCGGACUGUAUGGCCAGCCUGAUCGUCGCACGACAAGGUAUGGGGGAUAUGGCUGUCUCUAACUCCAUUGGCAGUAAUAUCUUCGAUGUGCUUCUGGGACUUGGGUUCCCUUGGUUCCUGCGCACUCUGGUGGUCGACUACGGAUCAGUGGUGUAUAUCAACAGUAAAGGCCUGGUCUAUUCAGUUGUUCUGCUGUUGGGUUCAGUGUUCCUCACUGUCCUGAGUGUUCAUCUGAACCGUUGGUGGUUGGACCGCAGACUGGGUCUCUGUCUCAUGAUGCUCUAUGUCAUCUUCCUACUCUGCUCGGUCGGCUUCCAGCGACUGUAGGCCAGGUUCCCAGACAUUUUAGUAUGAUUAUUAUGAUACUAUUUGAUGUGAUGUUUUCACUUGUUGACAUUAUUUAUCAGUUGUAUGUGUACGGGUAUUUAGUUACGGUUCAUUUGCAUUUGAGACAUUUAUGAAUAUUGUUAUUGAUGGGAAACCUCACAUUUUAUCUUUGAAUAAUGUUUCAAACUGGAUCUUUUACAUAGUUUUAUACAGAGCAACUAGAGAAAUGUGUGAUAUCCGAAGAUGACCAGUCGAGAACAUCCACUUCACACAAUGAAUUUAUAAUGUAUUGAAUUUCUAUCUACAGUUUAGUUACUUGAUGACAAUGAUGAAUCAUAUUCUUUAGAGUGAAAGUGUUAAAAGGCCCAGUGCAGUCAAACUUGAUUUUCCUGUUUUUAUAUAUAUUUUCACACUGCGUUUGGAAUAAUACAUUUCAACAGUAUGAUAAUGCCCUUUUAGUGUAAGAGGUGUUUGAAAAGACAGUGGGAUGGAGUUUUGGCCUGCCUGGUAAAUUACUUUAAGACCUAUUACAAAGAGUUCCAAACCUAUUUUUGACCAUUGUUUAAAUUGAAAAUCAUUGUAAGGUACUUAAUUGUUACCCAGAAAUGAUUUGAUAUUGAGAUAAAAACAAUGCAUUGGACCUUUUAAGACCCAAUAUUGUAUUGCUUGUAGGAGUGCCACAGCAGUAACCAUACUCUGCUAAUCAUAUAUAAUUGUAUGCUUGUAGGAUGACUCAUGUAUGUAGACUGAACAAAAAUAUAAACACAUGUAAAGUGUU